AAAUAUGUCAGUGUCAAUUACAAGAAAUAAAAAUAUGAUUUACCUAUAAUCGUUGUUACUUUAAUAUAUUGAGCAAAUUUCAACCUAAGUUAUAGUUUUUAGCAUAUACGUAUAUACUUAUAAAAAUACAUAGUAGCUACGAUGGCUCUUCGAUUGCAAAUUGAAAAGAAAAAAGCUCAGGAAGAAAUGCGACGUCUGAUGGCUGAAAGAAAGAAUAAAAUCAAAAAACCAACCCAAAUAAAUAAUCCCCUUGCAAAGUACAAUAAUACCGGGCAACUUAUGUGCGUUUUAUGUAGUUCAAUAGUACGUUCAGAAAAUGUUUGGCAAGUGCAUUUAAAUAGUAAACAACAUAGAGAAAAUAUUGAGAAGGCCAAGAAAUUGAAAGAGCUCACCAAUAACUUUACCGAUGAUAAAAUUAAAAAAAGACAAAGUUCUUGUGCAAUAGAACAACCACCUGAGAAGAAAAUAAAGAGUAUUCUUAAAAAUGCCCCUGAAAAAAUUAAUGCUUUUAGUCAGAAACCCAAUAAUGAUGCACCAAUUAUAUUUUCCCACCAUGAUGAAGAAAUUAAGAGGAAAGCAAUCAAUCCAAUGUCAGUCGAUGAAGCACCACCAGGAGAAAAAAGUGAUGAGCAGGGGAAGCCUGAAUUAACAGCUGCUAUGCCAAUACCUGAGGGUUUCUUUGAUGACCCCAUAUUAGAUGCAAAGGCCCGCAAAAUUGAAUAUAAAGAUCCAGUGGAAGAAGAAUGGGAGAAGUUUCAAAAAGAAAUUAAAGAAGAAACUACAACCUCUGCGGAAAUAAUAGCUGGUGAACAAGAAGAAGCAACCGCCGAACGGCAGAUAGAUGAAAUAGAUGAACAAAUUCGUAAUUGGUCCAGGGUGUUGGACCUGGAAUUAAAAAAAGAAGAAACGAAAAAGAAGAUUCAAGAUAUUGAAAUGUUAGACGAUAAUGGUGAAAACGAAUCUGAUAAUGAAACUGAUAUAGAUGAAUUUUUGGAUUGGCGAGCGAAGAAAUCAUAUGUUUAACGUUUUUAUAAUUUUCUAUUACACAUAUGUAAAUACCUAACAA